AUGGCGGAGCAGGACUCCCCCGUCGACGUGGAGAAGCAGAACCAACCCCUCAGCGAAGAACACGAGGGGCAAAAUAGCAAAGAGACAACCUCUUCCACGGUCCGCGGCUCGUCCGCGGCAGAGAAGGCCCUUCUGCGGAAACAAGACAAACGCAUCAUCCCUCUGAGUGCGUCGAUUUACUUUCUCGCCUACCUCGACCGAUCCAACAUCGGCAAUGCCAAGGUCCUCAAUUCGUCCACGGGCAACGACAUGAUGACGGAGACGCACACUACGAAUUACCAGUUCACUAUCGCCUUGAUGAUUUUCCUUAUCGGCUACUUCUUGUUCGAAGUGCCCUCUAACAUCCUUCUCAAGAAGUUCCGGCCAUCUCGAUGGCUGGCUUUCUUGAUGGGUUCUUGGGGUCUAAUUACCAUUGGCAUAGGUGGCGUUCAUAACUACUCGCAGAUCGUGGGGGUCCGUUUCCUGCUGGGUGUUUUUGAGGCCGGACUCUUCCCGGGCUUAGUCUAUUACUUGACAUUCUGGUACAAGACAGAUGAACGUAGUGUGCGAGUCGCCUUCAUCCUCUCCAGUGCUACCCUGGCGGGCGCCUUUGGCGGGGCUAUUGCUUACGGCGUCGGCCACAUCAACGGAGUUCGUGGACUAUCUGGAUGGCGAUGGCUGUUCAUUCUUGAGGGCAUCCCUUCCGUUCUCUCGUCACUAUUCGUAUGGUUUCUCCUCCCGGACUACCCAGAGACCGCGAACUGGCUCUCUGAGAACGAAAAAGAGCUUGCGACGCAACGCCUCCUUAUCGAUGGCUCUAAAGGAUCGGCCUCCGGUCUCACCUGGGCAGAUGCUAAGGAGACCUUGAUGGAUUGGAGGCUAUAUGGACAUUAUGCGAUUUACUUCGCUGUGUCACUUCCUUUCAGCUCAUUGUCCCUCUUCACACCUUCGAUCGUCGCAGGGCUCGGAUACAAAGAUCUCCAUGCCCAAUUGCUAACAGUCCCUCCCUGGGCUAUUGCUUAUGUUAUUUCAAUCCUUAAUUCGUGGUCGGGAGAUCAUUUCAAUGCUCGCGGUCUCCAUUGCGCAGGUGCUGCGACAGUUGGUGCUGCAGGUUUCCUAGCAUCUGCACUCUUACCAGCUACUGCUUAUGCAAGUCGGUACGGUACGCUGAUUGUGGGCACUUCGGGCGCCUUUGCAUGUAUUCCUCCAAUGUUAGGCUGGCUUACCUCAAACAUGUUCAGCACUGCGUCAAUCGGGCUGGCUGUUGCUCUCAACGUAAGCAUAGGCGCCGGAUUGGGCCAGAUCCCAGGUGUCUGGAUUUAUAAAGCCGACGAGGCUGCACGCGGGUAUCCGACAGGCCAUGGCGUCAAUGCUGCCAUGUUGUUCUUUGUGGCAAUCGGUGCUGUGUGUUUGAGAUUGUUCUAUGGGGCUAGAAACAAGCAGAUUGUGAGGUCUGCCCCUGAGGGCACGACACCUAGGUUAUACGCACUCUAA